UUUAUUCUUUUUCCAGAAAAAUAUUCUGGCUUAGUUGGCUUAGAACCUGGACUCCGUGGAAAAACAUUUAUAGUUCAGGGAUUUGGUAAUGUGGGUCUCCAUACUUGCCGUUAUCUGCACCGUGCAGGAGCCAGGUGCAUUGGAAUCAUGGAGAGAGAUGGAAAUCUUUACAAUGAAGAUGGAAUUGAUCCGAAAGAACUUGAAGAUUAUAAACUGGACAAUGAUGGCUCAAUUAAAGGUUUUCCUGGAGCAAAGAUGACCGAGGAAAACCUUUUGGAAGCUGAAUGUGACAUAUUAGUUCCUGCUGCGAAUGAGAAACAGAUUACAAUUAAAAAUGCCCACAAAAUUAAAGCAAAGGUUAUUGCUGAAGGUGCAAACGGGCCAACCACACCAGCGGCAGAAAGAGUUUUAAUUGAAAACAAUAAACUUGUCAUUCCAGAUAUGUACUUGAACGCAGGAGGUGUGACUGUUUCCUGCCUCGAGUGGCUGAAGAACAUCAAUGAUGUCAGUUUUGGACGUCUGACUUGGAAAUACGAGAAGGAAGCAAACUUGAACUUUAAUCUUUUAGCGAGCGUCCAAGAAAGCUUGGAAACUCAUUUCAGAUCAAAUAUUCCUAUCAGACCAUCGGAGGGGUUCCUUCAAAAGAUUGCAGGCGCGUCGGAAAGAGAUAUUGUCCACUCUGGAUUAGAAUUCACAAUGGAACGAUCAUCCAAGGUACGUGGCCCAUACCGGUCAAACAAGGCGCGUUUCUUUCUUUCAGUCUACUACAGUCUACGGAAAGCUAUGCCUUUCACUGAAGCCUCAGGGGCACCCAACGGAUCGUUUCGGUAAAUUAUCUGUUCGG